GAUCAUUUUUUUCAAUUCAUUUUGAAUUGAUCUGAUUACAACGUUCAUCAAUAACAACAAAGUGUUCAUGAUAUUUCAAUAGUGAUAAAUAAAUAAAAAUUUGACCACAACAUUUGAUAAUCGAUUGUUUACCAAAUCGUUAUUUGUUUGAUAAUCCAUUUUUAUUCGUUUGAUAAAAUAUUCGAUUUUUAAUUAUCGAGCAAUGUCACUACAGAAUGCGGAUGCAUUGUCAUCCUCAACAUCAACAAAUAUGAAUUCCACCGAUCAUCAUAUUCCUCAUUCUCAUGUCAUUCAUAAUGGAACAAAUCCGAAUCAAUCCACUGAUGAAAUGCCUAUAUAUGAUCCAAUGUUGAUGAAUCUUGUCAAAGACUUUUUCAAUGCACAGUUUGAAUUGAAAAAGGCGCAAUGUCCAUUUCCUUCUUCAUCGCCAUCCACAUCAUCAUCAUCAUCAUCAUCAUCAUCGAAUCCAACAGCAACGACAAAUAAUACCCAAUCAUUAGUCAAUCAUAGUCAAAUACGAAUGGCGUUAAGGGCACUGGGCAAAUCAUUUGAAGAAAAAUAUGCAAGACAAUUGUAUGAAAUAAUUGUCAAACUUGAAUUACAGCCACAGAAUGCAUGUGCAACGUUCCAUUGUCUUAGCAAUGAAAUGUUUGUUCAAGGAAUACAAUGGAAUCAUAUUGUUACAUAUUUUGUAUUCAGUGUGGAUUUCGCUUAUUAUGCUAGCCAACAACAUGUAGCCACUGUUAAUGAUGUGGCCAAAUGGUUAACCCGUUAUACUGCCGAACAUUUAUUACCAUGGAUCGAAAAGAAUGGUGGUUGGGAUGACAUCGUAAAAUUUGCACAGGAUAUAAUUGGUGAUGUACCGAAUAAUGACAAUGCUUUGUUCAAUAUGGAUCUUAAGAAUAUACUAUGUGGUGCUGCUGGUGCACUUGGCGUCCUAUCAUUGGGUCUAUUUCUUUCAUCCAAAUGAAAAUUAUUUCGAAACAAUUUUAUUGUUUAUUGAUAAAAAUAUUGAAGAAAAUUUUGUCUAACUUCUGAUCCUACUUUUUUUGAUAAAAACCAAUUCAUUUUUUUUCAAAUAAAACCCAGCCUAUACUUUGUGCAUAUUGUAUAUGAUCAAUAUAAGAUCGAAUGACACACACAGGCAUCAUACACUAAAAUCAUCUUUUUCUAUUGCAUAAUAUACCUUUGCGAUUUGUAACAUGUCUUUUCCUUUUUUUACUUUAAUUUAUUAUAAGCUUUAUACAUACACAACAUUUAGGACUUUCAAACUUUUG